AUGACGGGCAUUGCCCGGGGCAACCAAUGCAAAGGUGACAACGUCAUGCUCGGUGCAGCUAUCGAUAAAGCCAUUCAAGAGGACAUUGCAUUCAAAUAA